AUGUUAAUUUUAACGAUAAUAGUGGCUGUUGCGGCGGCAACGGAAAUAGAUCCCGCCGCACAACAAAUUAUUUUAUUCAAGGAAAAAACGUCCGGUCCCGUCGGUAUAUUAACCACUAGCGCAGGAGCUCCAGUUGAACGUGAUGAAGCUUUAAAUACUUUAAACACCAGGCUGAUUUUCAAUGAAUAUUUUAUGGAUACGAUGACUCAUCUUGUACGUGAAAGAAUUCCCGAAAGAUUAGUACAUGCCAAAGCAGGAGGAGCAUUUGGAUAUUUUGAAGUAACACAUGAUAUAACACAUAUUUGUAAAGCAAAAUUGUUUAGUAAAAUAGGAAAGAGAACACCUGUCGCAGCUAGAUUUUCCCCAGUAGUUGUAGAGAGAGGUGGCAGUGACACAUCUCGAGAUGCUCGUGGGUUUGCUGUCAAAUUUUACACAGAAGAUGGUAACUUCGAUAUUGUUGGAUUUAAUACACCUAUGUAUGUGUACAAUGACGCGCGUCUCUUCCCAACUUUCGUUCGUGCUCAGAAAAAGAAUCCAGCAACAAAUCUUUUUGACGGCAACACUUUUUGGGACUUUUUAACGUUGCAACCUGAAAGUUUACAUAUGUUUUUAUUAGUGUUUGGUGAUCGAGGAAUACCGAAUGGAUAUCGUCAUAUGCCGGGAUUCGGAAUUCAUACGUACCAAGUGGUAAACGAACAUGGUGAUAUUUACUUUGUGCGUUUUCACUUUACACCUGACGCUGGAAUUAAAAAUUUAAGAGCUGAACAGGCAAGGCAAAUUGGUGCUGAAGAUCCGGAUUAUAACACACGAGACUUAUAUAGAGCUAUUGGAAAAGGUGACUUUCCUUCGUGGACGGUUAGUAUUCAAGUACUAACUCUCGAUGAUGUAAAAAAUAGUGAAAUAAAUGUGUUUGAUGUAACAAAUACAAUUCCUUUAGAUGAAUUCCCAUUACACCCAGUUGGAAAAUUUGUAUUGAAUAAAAACGCAGUUAAUUAUUUCGCUGAGAUUGAGCAGCUAGCUUUCAGUCCUGCUAAUUUGGUUCCAGGGAUCUUAGGGGCGCCGGACAAAGUUUUUGAAGCGCGUCGCUUGGCAUACAGAGAUGCUCAAUAUUAUCGUUUGGGGGCCAAUUUUAAUAGAAUACCUGUGAACUGCCCAUUCCAGACUUCCACAUUUACUUAUAAUAGAGAUGGUCGGCCACCAUUAAAAGAUAACGAGAAAGAUAUUCCUAAUUAUUUUCCUAACUCUUUCAAUGGUCCUGUUCCUUACAUUGAUAAGAAAAAGUCUGAGUUAAUUGAAAUUAUGGAAUAUGAGCCAAAUAAUUUCAAACAAGCAACUGAAUUAUAUGUAAAUGAGAUGACAAGUGAAGAAAGGAGUAGGUUAGUCGAAAAUGUUCUAUACAGCUUGGGUCCUGCGGCUUCGUGGUUGCAAAAGAAGGCAGUAAAAUUUUUUUCAAUCAUACAUCCAGAUCUUGGUUACCGAAUAGAACAAGGGCUACUCGCAAAUGUUACCAAAAACUACGAUAUA